AUGGCCGGAGGUGUCUUGUCCCGGCAAGCCAAAGAGAAGAUGGACGCCAUCGGUGUCUGGUAUUCCGGGCAAGCGUCGCCAGAAAUGAAGCACAUGGAUGGAACUGUUGACAGGCUCGGACAAGCCGCAGGGCAAAUGACGGCAUUUGUGUGA